AUGAAUAUAUUUAUAAAUUUAGAAAAUAAUAUUUCUUGUCAUUAUGAAAAAUGUAUAGAUAUAUGGGAUAAAAUUCAAAUUAAUAUUUCAAAAAAAACUGAUGAAUCAAAUACAUUGGGGUAUUUACCAAAAAUUAUUUUUUCAUAUUUAAAAGAAAUAAUGAAAAGUUUAUAUGAUUGGGGUUUUCAUUCAAAAAUUUAUUAUGAUAUUAAUUAUUGUUUUUUUAAAAAUGAAAAAAAAGAUUGGUUUAUGGAUAGGUUUGAAGAAAUAUUUCCAAUCUAUAAAGUUAUUAUACAAGAUGAAAAUCUUCAAAUUUAUAAAGAAUUAGAAAACAAUUAUAAAAAUACUUUUUCUAGUUUUCUUCAAAUAAUUAAAAUUGGAAUUUCACAAUUAACUAAACAUUUAAUUAUAAAUCAUUAUAAUUUCAUUUUAAAUAAUAAUUUACAAAUUAUUAAUAAUAAUCAUAAUAAUGAAUUUUCAUUUAAUAUAAAUCAAAUUCCAAUUUCAUCCGAUCAUUUGUUUGAAUGGAGAGACCAAACUAUAAAACGAUUAUCAGAAUUGCUAGUUGACUUUAAAGAGAUAUUUCAAUAUAUAAAUAAUUUAAUUAACAAAAUCAUAUAUAAUCUUUUAAACAUUAAUAAUUUGGAUAUUAAUUUUUUCUAUUUACAAUAA